AUCCGCGUCCCCCAGUGUGCUUGUGCGUAUAAAAGCAUGGCUAGGGUUUUGGCCGAAACCCUUCUUCGUGGAGGCGGCGAUCGCUGAGGGUGAGUAGAGGGAAGGGAGAUGUCGCAUCGGAAGUUCGAGCACCCGAGGCACGGGUCCCUUGGCUUUCUUCCAAGGAAGAGAGCAUCUCGCCACCGUGGGAAAGUGAAGGCGUUUCCGAAGGAUGACUUGACAAAACCCUGCAAGCUCACUGCCUUCAUUGGUUACAAGUCUGGAAUGACUCACAUUGUUCGUGAGGUCGACAAACCAGGAUCCAAGCUUCACAAGAAGGAGACAUGCGAGGCUGUAACUAUCAUUGAAACUCCGCCCAUGGUUGUUGUUGGUAUUGUUGCAUACAUCAAGACGCCACGUGGCCUGCGCUCCCUUAAUACAGUGUGGGCCCAGCAUCUGAGCGAGGAAGUGAGGAGGAGAUUCUACAAGAACUGGUACAAAAGCAAGAAGAAGGCUUUCACAAAGUACUCUAAGAAAUAUGAAACGGAAGAAGGAAAGAAGGAAAUUCAAGUGCAGCUCGAUAAGAUGAAAAAGUAUGCUUCGGUUAUCCGUGUGCUAGCUCAUACUCAGAUAAGAAAGAUGAAGGGCCUCAAACAGAAGAAGGCUCAUCUGAUGGAAAUCCAGGUGAACGGAGGAACCAUUGCACAAAAGGUGGAUUAUGCUUAUGGCUUCUUUGAGAAGCAGAUCCCUGUCGACGCCGUCUUCCAAAAAGAUGAGAUGAUCGAUGUGAUCGGUGUGACCAAAGGUAAGGGUUACGAAGGUGUGGUGACGAGGUGGGGAGUUACCCGCCUUCCUCGCAAAACACACAGGGGGCUUCGUAAGGUUGCCUGUAUUGGCGCAUGGCACCCGGCUAGGGUUUCCUACACUGUUGCUCGAGCCGGUCAGAAUGGCUACCACCACCGCACUGAAUUGAACAAGAAGAUAUACAAGCUUGGUAAAGCUGGCGACGAAUCACAUACUGCUGUAACCGAGUUUGACAGGACUGAGAAGGAUAUCACGCCGAUGGGUGGUUUCCCCCACUAUGGUAUUGUGAAGGACGAUUAUGUGAUGAUCAAGGGUUGCUGCAUGGGCCCGAAGAAGAGGGUCAUUACUCUCCGCCAAUCCUUGUUGAAGCAAACCUCCCGCCUUGCUCUCGAGGAGAUCAAGCUCAAGUUCAUCGACACCUCCUCGAAGUUUGGCCACGGCCGCUUCCAGACGACUGAGGAGAAGCAGAAAUUCUACGGCAAGCUUAAGGCCUAAGCCGCGUCUCCUGUUUUUCGUGCAGUUUAUCUAUUUGAUUUCGAUGAGUUUCUUUUGUCGAAGCGUGUAGUCUUGCGGUUAAGAAGAUAUUUUAUUAUUGUUCUAAUUGCAGAUUUUGGUCUAUUUGAGACUCUAGUUUUACUUUUUGGUGCUUUUAUGGGAAGACUUGGUUUUUCUUUGAUACUUCAUGAGAAAUUUAGACUAUCAAUAUUUGGUUUGCUCCAGAUCA